AAACCCUCGAGCCAUCCCUCCCUCUUGAACCAUCUUGCAAAAUUCAGAAUCUCCUGCAGGAUGGGUUCCUCCGAGUCGGACAACCAAUUCGAAUGGAUUGACACGCCUCCGGCGCCGUCACCCACCAAGCCAUCAUUUGAUUGUGGUGUCAAAACAACAGACUAUCCCACCAUCGCCAAUGCUCCUUUGCCAGCAGAAGGCAAUGGAGCCGACUCCUUCUCGAAUCCUUUGCUCAUUUCCCUUCUCACUCUGGUUCCGGCAUACACCUCCUGGAAGCUUGGCGGGGGGUUCAAGACCUUCCUUUUCUUCGCCCUUAUUCUGGACCUGCCUCUACUUGCUGCGUUCUGGAUCAUUACGUCCGAAUAUGCCCCCCGCAAGAACGAUAAGGCCAAAUUCCCUGGCAAGCCCAUUGAGCACUACUUGACCUUUCACAAGGAGGAGGAUCGUGAGAAGUACCGCGGCAGGACCACCAUCCCUAUGCAGACUUUCUAUGAGAAGUACUUUGAUGGCGACGUCUCUUUCAAUGGAGAUGCUCUGGAGAUCUUGGAGUGGAGGCAUGACUGGUGCAACUUCCGGUUUACUAUCGGAAACAUCAAGCAUUUCCUCUUUGCCUUUAUCCCCGAGCUAAUCAUGCACACCCGCUCUCAAGAUGAAGAGCAGGUCCGCGACCACUACGACCGCGGAGAUGAUUUCUACGCCUGGUUCCUCGGCAAGCCAAUGAUCUACACAGCCGGCAUCAUAUCUGACCCCACCCGUGAAGAGACGCUCGAGGAGCUUCAAGAAAACAAAAUGGGCGUUGUGUGCGAGAAGAUUGAGCUCCAGAAGGGCGAGCGCAUGCUCGACAUCGGCUGCGGAUGGGGCACUCUUGCCCGCUUUGCCUCCACACACUAUGGCGCCCAUGUUACCGGUGUUACCCUCGGCCGCAAUCAGACAGCAUGGGGUAACCGAGGCUUGAGGGCGGCUGGCGUCCCCGAAGAACAGUCCAAGAUUCUAUGCAUGGAUUAUCGCGAUAUCCCGGUCCCAGAGGGCAAGUACAAUAAGAUUACGUGUCUUGAAAUGGCGGAGCACGUCGGUGUUCGUCAUUUCGGAUCCUUCUGUUCGCAGGUCUACGACAUGCUUGAUGAUGACGGUGUCUUCUUCCUCCAGAUCGCCGGUCUUCGCAAGGCUUGGCAGUUUGAGGAUUUCACCUGGGGUCUCUUCAUGAACAAGUAUGUCUUCCCUGGGGCCGAUGCUUCUACUCCCCUUGGAUUUGUUGUCGACAAACUUGAGGGUGCUGGCUUCGAGGUCAAGCAUGUGGAUACCAUUGGCGUGCACUACUCAGCCACCCUCUGGCGCUGGUACAGAAACUGGCUCGCCAACAAGGAUAAGGUGAAGGCGAAAUACGGAGAUCGCUGGUUUCGGAUCUGGGAAUACUUCCUCGCCUACUCGACGAUCGCUUCCCGCCAGGGAACAGCAACCUGCUUCCAAAUCACUCUCGUAAAGAACCUCAACUCUACUCACCGUGUUGAGGGAAUCGGCUCCCAGUACAAUCUGUCUGGUGCUCUCGCCGCACACAAGGCUAGGGUUGCGCUCAAGAAAUGAGGCCUGGGACCCACGGUAUGUGAUAAGAAGAAGGAUGAAGGUAUUCCUACAGCGGGAAGUUUCACUUUAUGGAGAGCACAAAAGACGGAGGGCAAAAGGUAUGAUUGAUGAUCAUGAGUUGCGCCGGCUUUGCAUGGAUAGAAUCUUCUCAGAUAUGGUCGACACCACCCACUCUUAGCAUCAUGGGAUAUGACAAGACAACCAAUUAUAAUGACGUUUCGCCUGAACCACUUCUGUGUCUCAGAGCCUAACGGCAAAUAUGCAUCUCCGUGUCUGCAUUCGGAAGCAAUUGGAGGUCUUGUGGCAGCCAUCCAACCUCAUCUGAAUCCGACGGAGCGGGCGGAAGCUAUACCAUGCUGGAAUAGUGGCUCCUCGCGUUGCAGUAGUAUACUCACAAAGACAGAUCAGUGUGGAG